AUGACUAACCAAUUACCAAACCAAAUUAAAUGCCUCCAAAUAAACUUAAACAACUGCAGAGCGGCAACAGCCCUCUCAGCCAGAUACGCCCAAGACAAUAACGUAGAUCUAAUUUUAAUACAAGAUCCUUACCUAACCAAUAACAAACUAUAUGGUUACCCAAACCAGUGGACCACACAUCACUCCAAUAAUAAAGAGGCCUGGUUGGUCAUAACUAAAACAACAACGAUAAAUCUAAUACCAGCGACUGAAUCAGCCGCCUUUGCAAACUUAACAACCUCAUUAGGCAACAUUAUUAUCGGCUCGCAGUACGUCAGGCCACACGCAAAUCUCUCAACAGCACUAGAUGAGUGGAGUGGUCUAAUAUCGGACAAACCACUCAUACUAGGUGCAGAUCUAAACGCCAGGUCAACUCAAUGGGGCUACACAACAACAGACAAUAGAGGAGAUCUUCUAAUAGACUUCAAUAUUGCCCAUGACCUGAUUAGACUUAACGUACAAACACCACUAACUACUUUUUAUACACCACACGCGAAGGGAAAUCCAGACUUCACCUUAGGAAAUCGUGACGGCUCCAUAUUAGUCAAUGACUGGACCGUCAACGAUACACAUACUGCGAGCGAUCCUAGAUAUAUAACGUUUAACCUUAGCCAAUCCUUAAUAGUCCCAACUACAAAUCGUCUAAAAACUAAUUUUGGCAAUCGUCCUAAGUUUAUCAAAAUGAUACAGCGCGAGGCCUCAGGCCUAAUAGACAACUGUAAUAAAAUAGCAACAACAGCAGUGUUCACACCAGGGCUCUAA